AUGAGCAACAGACCAUACAGAGAACUGGUGGGUAGCCUCAUAUAUUUGGCCAACGCCACACAACCAGAUAUCGCUUUCGCAGCUGUUACUUUAAGUCGAUUCUGCAGUGAUCCCGGAGAAGCGCAUUGGUCUUAUGCAAAACGGAUAUUAAGGUACUUGAAAGGAACGUCACAUUAUAGCAUCAAGUACAUCAAAAACGAAGAUAAGUUUACAGCCUAUACAGAUUUCAAUUGGGCUGGAGAUGAGAAUGACGGGAAGUCAUGCACAGGAAACGUCGUCAUAUUAGCUGAUGGUCCAAUUAGCUGGAAAUCCAGGAAGCAAACUUCUUUGGCUCUCUGA